UUUUUAUGAAAAAAAAAAAAAAAUGGGUUGCUAUGAUGACUUGGCUUUGAGACUGCAAACUGGUGACGACAUGGUCACCUAGGAAACCAAAAGCUGCAGCAUCUAAGAGGCCUCCCAAAGGGUUUUGUUGCUGUUGUCUGGAAUGUGAUUGGCUUAGAGGAGUGGCCAUUGAGAAGGGAAAAGAACAUCAGAGGUAGAAUGGCCUCCGGAAACUUCUAGGCACAGAUCAAGCUGGGCAAAUCUCCCACUUGGGCCUUGGUUUAAAAACAAAGGGGAGAUUUUGAGCACUCUCUGGAUUAUUAUGAGGCUUGGCUCUAAUCUUUUGAUUGCUAAAAAACAGGAAAUGAGAGGUUCAAGCAGUCUAAAAGCCCAGAGGCCCCUCUCCCCGUCCAGUGGGAAUCCUUGUGAUACUGAUGCGAGUGCUGGCGGCAGAGACCUCUCCAGACCACCCAACUCAGGCUGAGACAGAGCCAAGCGAGCAGGAACCAGCCACAGUGGGCCUGUCCAGAGCAGAGUUCUCUCCCGAUUCACAGAUGGAGUCAGUGGAAAAGACAACGAAUAGAAGUGAACAGAAAUCAAGAAAGUUUUUAAAGAGCCUCAUUAGGAAGCAACCCCAGGACCUACUCCUGGUCAUUGGGACUGGUGUGAGUGCAGCUGUGGCCCCAGGGAUCCGCGCGCUCUGCUCUUGGAGAAGCUGCAUUGAAGCAGUCAUUGAGGCUGCAGAGCAGCUGGAGGUUCUGCACCCUGGGGAUGUUGCCGAGUUCCGGAGGAAGGUGAUGAAGGACCGGGACCUGCUGGUUGUAGCCCAUGAUCUGAUCCGGAAAAUGUCACCUCGCACAGGCGAUACCAAGCCCAACUUCUUCCAGGAUUGCCUCAUGGAGGUCUUUGACAGCUUGGAACAGCACAUCCAGAACCCUGUGGUGCUACAGUCCAUCCUCAGCCUGAUGGACAGAGGCACCAUGGUGCUAACUACCAACUAUGACAACCUGCUGGAGAUCUUUGGUCAGCAGCAGAGCAAGCCCAUGGAGUCCCUGGACUUGAAGGACAAAACAAAGGUCCUUCAGUGGGCAAGAGGCCACAUCAAGUACGGAGUACUUCAUAUUCAUGGCUUGUACACUGACCCUUGUGGGAUGGUACUGGAUCCAUCGGGCUAUAAAGAUGUCACUCAAGAUCCAGAAGUAAUGGAAGUCCUGCAAAACUUGUACCGCACCAAGUCCUUUCUGUUUGUGGGCUGUGGAGAGACCCUGCGUGACCAGAUCUUCCAAGCUCUCUUCUUGUACUCAGUGCCAAACAAGGUGGACUUAGAGCACUACAUGGUAGUCCUCAAAGAAAACGAAGACCACUUCUUCAAGCACCAAGCAGACAUGCUUUUACAUGGCAUUAAAGUCGUGUCCUAUGGGGACUGCUUUGACCUUUUCCCAGGCUAUGUGCAAGACCUUGCCACUCAGAUCUGCAAACAGCGAAGUCCAGAUGCUGAGCGAGUGGACAGCACCACCUUACUGGGUAAAGCAGAUCUUUCCUUUUGCUCAUCUGACUUUUGCUUCCAUGGUUUACUCGUCACCAUAGGUAAUGCAUGUCAGGAUUGUGCAAAGAGGAAAUUGGAAGAAAAUGGGAUUGAAGUUACAAAAAAAGUCAGACAGUCAGAUACUGCAGAUGAUGCUGGAGGGUCUUGAAGAUUUUAAAACUUGAAACUUGAAAACCAGCCUUCUGUAACCACAGUGCCAUGCCCAAGUGAUGAGGAAUAUAGAGGACUCCAUAUGGAUCUCUCAAUAGAGAACUGUUACAUACCCCAAAAGAGCCAUGUGGGUGUGUGGCCUCCGUGGUUGAAUGACAGAACUCCACUAUGUGCUUAGCUGCUCGGGAGGUGACAUAGACACACUUCAGGUAUACUCUGUAAGGACUAAUGGACAGCUACCUCAGGGACCAAACUGCAAGGUGGGGGGGUGGGAUGUACCUGGCAUUGUUCCCUUUUCCUUUUUGACAUGUUUUCUUAUGUCAGUGUGUUAUUUUUCCUAAAACAUGGAGGAGAGUGAAGACUGUCCAAGCAACAGUAGUUGCCAAAGAGAAAAUAAGACAUUUAUAUUUUAUACCUUUAUGUAGAAACAUCUUUUACUGUAGAAAGUUUUUUAAAGGUGUGUUGGUUUUACUGUUAAAUAGUAAAGAAUGAGUAGAUAGUAGAGGUGCUGAACCCACUAGUGAAAAUGGUUGUUAAAGGGAUGACUAGAUCAGUUAGGUUUCUUUGGAAUUGUGAUAUUUCAGUAAUUUCUGUUCCAAAGCAAUGGUAGACUGUCUGGUAGGAAGUGUUAUGUCUGAGUCUGAAGACUUCUUUCAUAGUCUUCAGUGCUGUCUAGAUCUACUCUGUGACUUAAAAGUUAGAAAGUAAAAGUGAAGCACAAGAUCAAGCUUUAAACUUUUAGAUCUUAAGUUCUAAGCUUUCCAAGUCUUAUUUCUCUAGGAUAAGGCCCAUCUUUUCUGUUCUCCUCUCUUCCCAUGGUUCAUAUUAAAAUUUACAUGGAAUGGAAUAGGCAACACUUUGAAAGGGCUUGCCAUAUUUUAACUGCAUUCAAAGUUUACUUCUGAGAAGCACCUAUAUUAAGAGCACUGCACAUGCCCAGAAUUCCUCUAAUGGCGACUAUGGCAAAAGCUCAUGUUAUGCAGAGUGAUCCUUUCUAAAGGCAGACAUCUUAGAAACAGGUCUUGCAUGGCUCAUUUGAGGCUAUUAAUCUUUGAUAUGAUGCCAAACUCUGAUAUCUUGCCAAGCCCUGCCUGUGACAUUGCGUGGAUAGCACUAUAGCUCCCAAGAAGACAGGGGUAUAAUUAAGAACAGGAAACACAGGUUGAGACAGGGAAUGAGGGAAAAGCCAGAGAAAGGCUGAAGACCCCCUCCCUUUUUAAGUGUGGAAAAUAAAUCUUUUAUGCCACUGGUUAUAAAUAAAAUUUUUAAAGUCAA